UGUUGAAGAAGAAAGAUUUACUUUCCGACUUCACCAUUUUGACAACAAAAUAGAUGGAUUUCAACUCAGCAGUCUACUUAGCUGCAUUCGUCUUCUUGCUKUAUGUCCAACMAAGCUUCAGUUUCUAUACUCGUGAGGCAGGACUCGUUUUCGAUUUCUAUCCAGAAGAAAARCUUUCCCUUCCUAACGAUUUGCAUGGCAUUGAACCUAACAAGUCGGUCAGUGUUCAAGACAAGAUGGAUUGUGUGUUUGCUUGUAUUAAUCAUCCCUGGUGUCGUUCGGUGAAUUUCCAGACCACACUCCUUAAAAGUGGUCUAUACUUUUGUCAGCUUUUAGCAUAUGAGCGGUUCACGCGCAAGAAGUACAUGAAAAGAAACAAACUUUAUCAUCACUACAGCAUAAAGAAUCCUUGCCAAGAGAAUCCUUGUCGUAAUGGCGGUGAAUGCAUUUUUCAAAGCAACAGACAAGAAUACCAUUGUAACUGCACGACGGACUUCAUGGGACAACAGUGUGAGACAGUCCAAAUAUGGUCAUCCUGGAGUGCUUGGGAGUCCUGUGACUGUGGCAUGACCUCGCGUAACAGRUCGUGUCAAAUAGACGCAUGUGUGGGGCCCAUCCUUGAGAAGAAGAAUUGCAGUAUGGCAACCGAGGAGUCAUUGAAUCGAGCAAAGCAGACUUUAUAUAAGGAGGAUUUCAUUCUUGCCAAGACAACGGUUUGAACCCCAUCGGCUUUCACUAUUUAUUUUUUUUUUUGAGUAGUUUGUGGACUUAUGUUCUGGCUUCUUUUGAGCUUUUACAACUUGAUAUUGAGUUUCUCUUCAAAUAUAAUCAUUUUUGAUCUAUCUUUAAAUUGUGGUGAAUACUUAUUGAGCAUUUCUAAGCUGGAUUGAUGCCGWUGGCAUUGAAAACAACUGUACGGUCAACUCGGAAAAGAGCGGGAAAGUCAAGUACUAAGACACGAGCGAGGACAAAAAGGCGGGAGUAGUUGAAAUUGAACCAUAUUUCUUUCAGAUCAUUAAAAAGAUAUUUUGUUUGAAUUUUUUUAUUGCAAAGAAAGUCUCAAAUCUGAUAAACAAAGUUGUCUUCAUUUCCUCGGUCCAACUUAUGGAAAAUAUAGAAGUUGGACUAAUUACCAUAGCAACGGUCCAGUACGGCUCUGGACGGACCGCGCGUCAGCCAAUCAGGAAAUUUACAAGUUAUAUAAUSAUUAAUGAUAUUACCCAGCAACAUUGAGUAUUCUAGGUCGAGUUAUAAAUAAUUGAUUUUAUACGUAGAAGUUUUUCAAAAGGUAUUCUCUUGCUAMCUCAGUUGUUUUCUCACGAUAUUGAAUGAACAGGAUGAUCGGAAAUAUUCUUGUGAUGGUCGCCCUUAUUUGCGUCUCCAAAUUUGCAAAUUCUAUAAYURCUCUUAAAAAYARUGGAGAGGUUAUCGUUCAAAAYUUUCACACAAGUGCGGAAGGUAUGGUUUUCUCUAAACUCGGCAGCCUUUUGUCCAGUCAAGUAACUUCUAACACGAAAGAAUGCUGCUUUAAGUGCGUACAAAACAAGGAAUGUUUGUCAGUGAAUACGAUUGCUUUGGAUAAAUCGCGAUAUCAAUGUGAGCUUCUUAACUGGGCAGGCUCGGGAUUUAAGAGCCAUCUCGUCCUAAAAGUCAACUCCAAGUUUAUGCAGCUGCAGGUAAUGUUGAGUAUUU